AUGGGUAAAGAGGUGGCAGAGGGAAUUCUCCAUGGAAGCAACAUUGCAAGUUAUGAUCUGUUGAUAUGGUAUGCAAGCAAGGUUUCUGAAACCAACCCAGGCGCAACUGUAAAGGAUGGUAUUGAAGGUCUAUUUCAUCUAGCCUUUGCUAUUGUUGAUAAUGAAACUAACGAUAACUGGACGUGGUUCAUUUCCACUCUGGGUGAUGCAAUAUAUGGUGAAGAUGACUACCACAAAAUCAUUACAUUCAUUUCAGACCGUUCUAAGGGGCUUGUUAAUGCUAUUGCCAAAGCUAAUGGUCACCUACGGAAAGGAUUAAAAGAUGAGUGUUGGAGCUUGAUUGUUAAGAUUGCAUAUGUAUGCACAUCUUCAGAGUAUGAUGCAACUGUGGGUGCGUUGUCAGCGGCAUCAAUACAGACCCAUAAUUGGUUAUUUCAAAAGUCGGACAUGAUGUAUUGGUGCAAUUACUUGUUUAGAGGACAACGUUGGGGCAAGAUGUAUUCGAAUGUAGCAGAGUCUUUCAAUGCAUGGAUUAAGGAGGCACAACAUCUACCUUUCUGUAACAUGGUCGACGCGAUAAGGUUCAAGAUGAUGAACCUAAUGUACAAGCGGCGCGAGAAUUGCAUGAAAUGGGAAACCCAUCUUUGCCCAGAGAUUUACAAGAAGAUUGAAAAAACUAUUGAAGAAAGCAGAUACUUAGUCAUAGGCCGAUCUGAUGGUGAUAUUUUUGAAGUCGAGGACAAGCAGGUCAAUUAUGUCGAUUUACGUAAUAGAACUUGUUCGUGUUGUCGGUGGGAGGUGUACGGUCUUCCUUGUAACCAUGCUUGUUGCGCAAUCUUACAAACGGAUGUAAACAUUCAUCGUUUCGUGGAAGGCUACCACACAGUCGCAUUGUACAAAGAAGCAUAUGAGAGUCCAAUAUUCCCUGUACCGGAUCACGACAAACUGAUGGAUGCGGGUCGACAUCUCCGUAUUCGUCCACCUAUCUCAAAGAGGAGACCCAGACGACCAAGAAAAAGGAGGAUUGAAUCACAAGCAUUUGGUGUUCGUGACUUACAUUGUAGUCGAUGCCACGAAGUUGGGCAUAACAGGGCCACAUGUAAUGAAGUAAUUGCAGACUAA